AACACAUUGAAAAGAAUUUCUGCUUUCGCCAAUAAUUUCUUCGGUUGCAUUUUACUCUCAUUUCUCAAAUUUGCCAUUUUUAAAACAAAAGUUCUGUCUAGCCUACUUUUCCUGAAUGGCAGGCCCUAGCCACAAGCGUUGGAGUUGAGCUCUUUAGUGGCUCUAAUUUGGCAGCACUGUGAAAAAAAAUUAAAGUGCUUUUCUUCGCUGCGGAAAAGUGUCGAGUGAGAAAUUUCCGCACUCUUCGAAAAUAGACCCAGGAUUCGCGUCCGAUGUGACAUUUUGCGUGCAACAAUAGAGGAAAAAGAAAGAAACUACUCUGGAUUUUAAUUAUGCUUUCGCCGGCCAGCUUGGAUGAAAUCAAGGAACGGAUUAGCAAAAAUGAAGAAAAAAUCAACGUGCUCCAGGCAAUCAACAACGUGCUGAAGGAGCGCCAUGAGAUCGAGUCCAACUACAAGAACCUGGCGCUCAAGUUCCACGACAUGCAGCAGGAGGAAGCCCACCGGAGGGCCAAGGUUUGUCGGUUCGACGAGGCCCGCAAGCGCCAGCUGGCCGAGCUGCAGGCCAAGGGAGAGGCGCUGUGCCGGGAGAAGGCCAAGCUGCAGCACCAGAUCGAGCACGUCACGUGGCAUCUGGAGGGAUGCCGCCGGAGACGGCCGUGCCUGGCGCGGCUGCCGGAGAACUGUCCGCUCAAGGGGGACGCCCCCAGCUGUAUUCCGCACUCGCCGGAGAAGCUGAAGAUUAUGGCAAACAUGAAGAGUACGGCUGAUCACUUGGUGAGAGGAAUCAUGGAUUUGCGGAAAAAGAUCCACAUCGUUCAGGACAAGCUGGAGCACGAAGUUGCGCGCAAAAAGGACAUGGAGAAGAAGCUGUCCGAGCUGCGGAAGCAGAUCUGUCAGCACAACAAGUGCAUGCAGCAGCAGAGCGUCCGGGAGCAUGCCCACCAUCACGCCCACCCACACCAACACAGCCACGGGGGUGGUGGUGGCGCUGGCCACGGUCAUGGCCACUCCCACGGAACAACGCUGCCCCCGAUCAAGAACUGCGGCGUGCCGGCCAAAUAGCAUCGGGCGCGGUCGGAUCGGCGCCGAGGACACACCGGAGGAGGUCAGCCGCAGUGCGGGCACGAAAAGUUUGUCAAACUUCCGCCGCGGCCCUGCUCCAACGGAACGUCCUAAAGAGAGAGGGGUUUUGAGGAAGAUGGAUACGCCGCACCGCCGCUUGCUAUGCUUGUUGAGGUUAAGUUUGGUUUGAUUUUUGGUUGAGGUUAUGUUUUUGUUUUUGUACAGGGAGGAAGGGAUUUUCGCCGGAUUACCGGUUGUUGUAAUCUGCAUCAAAUGCGAAUAGUCUAAGAGGUUAGAGCGAAUGCUGUUUAUUUUUUGAAUAGUGCUUAAGAAUAUCUAUGAAAUUUGUAGAUUAGAAGUUUUUAAUAGACAGUUACCUGUAGAAAAAUGUUGAUUUACCUAAGUAUGAUUAGUAACAUCAGUUAUUUGUAAGUAACCGUUAUCUAAUUUACUGCAAACAUUUCACCACAACGAUCUAUCUGUAUCAUCUACACUAACUUAUUGAAAAUAAAUCCUUCUUCGUAUCGUCACUGACAAAAUCCUGAUUUCUAGAAAGAAAGCCUACUUCUAUUGAUAGAAUUGAAAUUACUGCCGUAUGAAGGGCCAAAAGGAGGUUGUUGGAAGUGUACAUGCAAUUCGCCUACAGUUCCCAUAACGGGCGAGAAUCUGCGACAAGCAACUACCAAAUAAACAUCCGAAAAAUCUGACAAAGCUGUGUAAACAGGACUCGCACAACAAAAGGGGCUUAACAGAGCGUGGUGGACAGUUGGAAAUCGACAGAAGUCAACAGAAUAAGACCUUUUCUAUGAAUUGAAAAACUGAUUAUCUAUUUCUUCCUUGUGGUGUGAUACAGGUUAUCCACGUUACUACAUCCAGUUUCCACCAUUACAGCAUGCAGUCCACUGCCCUGGUGAUCUCUCCCCAAUCCUCGGUAUUGUUUUCUGUUAACUUAAGAGGCGAAAAAGUUAAAGAAAAGAACAGUAAUUUAAACUUUAUUUAAAACGCACCGCACAAAAACACGUGUUUUGU